AUGCAGUCAGCGCCUCCACUUAAUCUAUCCCGCGGCUGGCCUGCGUCCGAUCUGUUCCCUACUCAGAUCCUACAAAAUGCGGCAGUGUCUGUGUUGUCAAAUCCCAUCAUCACAGGGCAAGGGCUCGGCUACGGCCCAGAUGAAGGGCACUUCGAACUCAGAAGGAAUAUUGCGGACUGGCUGAGGAGGAAUUAUAGCCUCUCGAGAACAGUGGGUGCAGAACGGAUCUGUAUCUCUGGAGGUGCCAGUCAAAAUCUGGCAUGUGUGCUACAGGUUUUCACUGAUCCCAUGCAUACGAGAUACGUGUGGAUGGUUGAACCAAUCUACCACUUAGUAUUUGGUAUCUUCCAGGACGCCGGUUUCUACAACCGGCUCCGAGCCGUGCCCGAGGACGAGUGUGGCAUAGAUGUGGAUUUUCUUGAGAAAGCUCUGCAGAAGAGUACCAUAGAUCAUCAACAUGUGGCGGCUCCGGAACGUCCUUACCGGAAGACGUACACACAUAUCAUCUACUGCGUUCCAACAUUCUCUAAUCCGUCCGGAACCACAAUGCCGCUGUCGCGGCGCGAAGCCCUUGUGCGCCUCGCGCGCAAGUACGAUGCUCUCAUUAUCAGCGACGAUGUUUAUGAUUUCUUAAACUGGGAGCCAGCAGAUGCCGCCGGUGGUGAGAGUACCCGUUUGCCGCGGAUCAUUGACGUGGACACAUCUCUAGACGGAGGACCACCCGACCUGUUCGGAAACUGUGUCAGUAAUGGCAGCUUUAGUAAGAUCGUUGCGCCAGGAUGUCGCGUUGGAUGGGCGGAGGGGACGCCCGAGUUCAUCCGUGACCUCUCUGCAGCGGGCUCAUCCCACUCUGGCGGUGCACCUUCACAGCUCAUGUCGACCUUCAUCAACGAAAUGUUAGAGAACGGCUCUCUUGACAGACACCUACACGAAACGCUUCUGCCAGCGUAUUCUCGGCGCGCUCGCGCUCUCACAGCGGCGAUCAAGCAGCACCUUCUUCCACUUGGUGUGACCUUCAUCUCUGACUCGGAGUCGUACACCGUACUGGGAGGUUACUUCAUCUGGCUCAAGCUCCCGGCUCAUCUCAACGCUAAGAGCAUCACGGAAACAGCACUAAAGGAGCAGAAUCUAGUCAUUGCAGAGGGAGAGCUAUUCGCUGUACCCGGGAAUACCCUACCGGAAAAUGAGUUGAACCAUAGACUGAGGCUAUGUUUUGCCUGGGAGAAGGAAGAGAAGCUCAACGAGGCGGUGGAGAGACUGAGCCGGGUUAUACGGGGCGCACUAUGCUGUACCUAA